AUGCCAUCUGGAAUCGUUAAAGCCCUCGCCGCGAUAACAAACUUCGCAUUCUACCGAGGAGCUCGUGAUGAUGAUUGCAUAGAUCGUCUCAACCACAUGGUAAUGCAUGGAUUACUGAUCUUUCUAGCCAUUUUCACGGGGACCAAACAGUUUGUGGGGUCACCCAUCUACUGCUGGCUGCCCACAAACUACGAUGAGAAGUACCAGCGAAAGUUCGCCAACAACUACUGCUGGGUUCAUACCAUGUACAAUGUUCCUUUCGAUGAUCCUGUCCCGGUGUCUGAGGAAAGCAGAUAUUACCACGAUGUGAGUUACUACCGCUGGUCGUCGAUGAUGUUCAUUUUCCUAGCUGCCCUCUUUCGCAUCCCUCAACUUCUUUGGAAAGACCUGAAGAAGUACUCUGGAGCCAACAUCGAGAAGCUCGUUGGAAUGACAGCAGAAACGACUCUAAUGGAUCAGGAUAAGCGGGACGAGCAGCUGGGACACGUGGCCGAGUUCAUCCAUAGAUGGGCUACAACACGCAACAUGUCUCAUCGGAAAGGAAAGUUCGCUUCCAUAGAAAAUUCAGUUUCCAAGUUUAUGUUCUGCUAUGGAAAGAGAUCUGGACACAAUCUGGUUCUGAUCUACCUGUUCAUCAAAUUCCUCUACUUGAUCAAUUCCAUAUCUCAAUUCUUCAUUAUAUCUAGAUUCCUGAAAACAAAUUACUGGGAAUUCGGAGUAAACGCGGUCAGAACUUACGCCCAACACGGUCAAUGGGAGAAUGAAGACGUGUUUCCGCGAGUAGCCUUGUGUGAUAUGAAAGUCCGAGCCUUAGCCAAUGUCUACAUCUACACACUUCAGUGCGUUUUGGGGAUUAAUCUUUUCCUGGAGAAGUUUUUCUUUGUGAUAUGGUUCUGUUUAAUAGUUAUUAUGAUUCUGAAUGCCUUGAGUUUUCUCAAGUGGACAGUACAGCUUUUACACGAAGAAAAAGCAGUUGGCUUCUUGACAAAAUACAUGGGGCAAUUGUUCCCAAAGAAGUCUCUAACGCCAACGGAUAAAAAAAUGUUUUUGGCUAUGGCUCGGAGAUAUCUGCAGAAGGAUGGUGUUUUUGUGAUACGGAUGAUUGCCGACAAUUCUACAAGUCUUUUAACGGUUGACCUAAUUAGACAGAUAUGGCUGAGAUAUUUACAUUUCCGGUCUGAGGAGUCACAAAAGACAGGGGGAGACUACUCGAAAAUUGAUCAGAAUGACGUAAAAUUACUAGACCGUGGAGAAACGAAAAUUGAUGAUGUUGACAAAUAG